AUGGCUGACGCACGGAUGGUCCGACCUGUGGCGGAGUUUGACCUCAGCUCGGCCGUCGGUGUCGGCGGGCUGACGGCGGCCGCCGGAAUCGCGAUUCGCUCUGCCAGCUGCCAGCAGCCUCGUGUCGCCGCUCUCGUUGCGCAGCAGCAGCGAUUGACCUUUGCGCCGUCGCUCGACGGCGUCACCGCCCAUCCGACCUGCGAGUCUUCUGCUCUCACGCACCUCACUCGCCGCGCGCGGAUUGUGCGCCGCGCCAAGCAAGACACAUGCUCAUGCAAACAGUGCGAGAACUUGGUUGUGCCGCUUAGUGGCGGCGCUGCUUUAGAGGAAGCGGCAGCGUGGGAAGCAAAGCAGAUGGAGAAUGCGCGGCAUGCCAAGGAGCCGCUGCUGGCGGAGGUUGAGCGGCUAAGUGCAGCAAGGGCCAAGGGCAAGAAGGGCAAGAAGAAGAAGAAGAAUGUGGGCGUGGGCGAUACGGGCGCCGCUGGGCUCAACGAGGAGAUGCUGUCCUGCAGUUAG